AUGAGGGUCGCUAAUGGUGUCUAUGAGGACGAAAACUAUGAAGUGGGAAGCGAUGAGGAGGAAAUACCAUUCAAGUGUUUCAUCUGUGCCACCGUGCGCUGGGAUUACCAGCCCGACAUUUGUAAGGACUACAAGGAGACUGGCUUUUGCGGCUUCGGAGACAGCUGCAAAUUCCUCCAUGACCGUUCAGAUUAUAAGCAUGGGUGCAGGAUCGAACGUGAGCUUGACGAGGGUCGCUAUGGUGUCUAUGAGGACGAAAACUAUGAAGUGGGAAGCGAUGAGGAGGAAAUACCAUUCAAGUGUUUCAUCUGUCGCCAGACCUCCCAAAACCCAGUUGUCACCAAGGGCAGGCAUUAUUUCUGCGAGAGCUGUGCGCUGCAGCAUUUCCGCCCCACCCGGCGCUGCUAUGUCUGUGACCAGCAGACCAAUGGCGUCUUCAAUCCAGCAAAAGAAUUGAUUGCUAAACUGGAGAAGCAUAGACCUGCUGAAGAGGGUGGUGCUUCCGAUUUCCCAGAAGACCCCCAUGAAGGUCCAAUUCCCAUUACUUAA